CAGCAUUUUUGGUUUCUUUUUAAUGUGUCUGUUGAUGGAACAUUUUUGGUUUCUUUUUUUACAUGUAUGGAAAUAAAUGGAGGUGAUGGGUUUUUUAAAUAAUGUAUCUGUGUUAUUGGUUAAAUGUACGAAAUACACUGGUUAUUGAGAGACAGAUAUAUGAUGUUAUAAGCAUUCUGUCUGUUGUCUGUUGGGUAGGACUCUCAAUUCCUGGGCAAAAGUCUGCAGUUGGUGAUGAAAAUUGACUCUCGGCUUAGUUCCCACCCAAUUGUGAAAAAUGUGAACACGCCUGACCAGAUCAAUGCUAUGUUUGAUGCUAUAUCCUACAGAAAGGUUGGUGAUGGGAUCAUCUGUGUUAAGGAUGCUGGAGGACUUCAUGGGAGAUGCCUUCCAAGCAGGAAUUAAUGCCUUCCUUAAGAAAUAUGCCUAUGCAAAUGCUGUUACAAAAGAUCUUUGGGCUGAACUUACCUUAUCCUGGGAGGGAAAUCACCCUGAAGGAGAGAAGGGUGAUGUGGGUGCUAUCAUGGACACCUGGACAAGACAAAUGGGCUAUCCUGUGGUGAAUGUGGUGAGGUCAGCCCCAGACACCUUCACUCUAACGCAGGAACGCUUCCUGCAAGACCCAACAGCUGAAUACGAUCCAUCUGAGUCAGAGUUUGGAUACAGAUGGGAUAUUCCUAUUGGAUACAUUACUUCUCACACUUCUCUUAACAAGACUUGGCACUAUCUGGAGCAGGAGUUAGUGCAGAUAAAGGUAGACCCUGAAGUCAGCUGGAUAAAACUGAAUGUGAACCAGAAGGGCUACUAUAGAGUCAAUUAUGAACCAGCCAUGUGGGACCAGCUUGCAGACCUCUGUGCUGAGCAAGUUCUACACCAACCAGACCGUGCUAGUCUCUACAAUGAUGCCUUAGCUCUUGCCGAUGCUGAACUGCUGGAUUACCCCGUGGCCUUAAACCUCACGCGCUCAUUGGCUUUUGAAACAGACUAUGUGCCUUGGGUUGCUGCUGCCGGUCAUCUGAUUGACAUGGAGAAACUGCUGCUUGAAACCCUUGUCUACCAGCCAUUUAGUGACUAUGUUUUAACUUUGGUGGAACCAAUCUACAGUUCUCUCGGAUGGACUGACACAGGAGACCACCUUCAAAAAUUGUUGCGCACAGAAGUGGUCACUGUUGCCUGCGCAAGUGGAAGCAAAGGCUGUCUGCAAGAAGCAGCAACAGAGCUGGGAUCCUGGAUCAAUGACAUCACUCACCCUCUGCCAGUUGGGACCAAGAGACAGGUAUACCGGUGGGGAGUGGUGCAAGGAGGAACCCAGGAGAUGUGGGAGACAAUGUGGCAGCGAGCUCUGACGGAGAUGAGCGCAACAGAGACAGAUAACUUGUACUAUGGAAUGGCCAAUUUCCAGGAUACAGGUGUUUUAGAGAGGUACAUUGAGCUGUCUCAGGAUGAAAAUAAUGUGAGAAGUCAGAAUUUCCUGCAUAUUCUGCAGUACAUCGCUUCCAACCCUGCAGGCUCUGACCUGACAUGGAAUUGGGUGAGGUCCAACUGGGAAUGGCUGGUGGAUCGGUAUACCCUAAAUGACAGGUACCUGGGUCAGCUGAUCCCAAAUAUAAGUAAAUAUUUUUCAACACCACGGAAACUCUCAGAGAUGGAAGAGUUCUUUGCCAAGUAUCCAGAAGCAGGUGCUGGUGAGCUCAACCGCCAGCAGGCUCUUGAGACAGUGCGUUCAAAUAUCCGUUGGGUGGAAGCCUAUUCGAGCACCAUCCUGGACUGGCUAAACUCACAGAAACAGUGAUGAUUUUGAGGAUCAUGAGCUCUUUCAUACAGUCACUUAUUUUCAUGCUUUCAAAACAAGAUUGUCUCACAAUCACUUACUGUCUGCAAGAGUUUGGCUUUUCAGAGUUUUGUCACAUGAAAGAACUUAUUUAACUGUAUAGCCAUAUAUCCUUUUAUCCUUUCUUUCUUUAACCUUCCUUGCUCAUCGUCUGCAAUGAUAAGAGCAAAGUGUGCUGUUAAUUGUCAAAGGUUGUGUUCAUGUUGAAACCAGCUGAUUUUAGUCAUUUCUAAGCGUGGUUUUUAUACCUAGGUUCCAGCUAGAAGUAAAGAGUUAGAACGUUUGCAUCUGUCCAGAAAGUUCAAAUUGCAUUUGUAUCAUCUAUUUUUGUAAAAUAUACAUACUUUGAUACAUGACCUAAAGGGAUUAAUCUGCUAGAGGAUGAGAAUUAGUAAAGGAUUGGAUAGUUUAGGGAAGAGAAUGUAAUACUGCAUAUACCUAUUUUAUUAUAUUUUACAUAAGUGUCCCUCUAUUGAAAUAUAAGAGCUUGGUGAUAUACAUGUAAUGUUUUUUUACUGCAAACUUUCAAGUAAAUAUGUAACUUUUUCAUUAAAAUAUUUAAGUGGGGGAAAAAUAGAGUUUCCCAGUUUUUAUGCUUCACUAACUUGUUUACUUUUCUUAUAAAAUACUUAGAAUACAAUGAGUCGACUCCACCUUGUAUGGGAGGCAGGCAAAAGAGAGAAAAUCUUGAGGAAAGAAUGAAUCACAAUACAUGUUUACUAUACAUGGAAAAUAAAUUAUAGAGCCUUUUUUGAGUUAAUCACAAGACAUUAUUAGUGAGUUAAAUACAGGUAAUUAAAAUAAGACUGAAUUCGUAAUAAAGACAAGAAUUUGCUUCUUUUGACAUACAACAAA